AACACAAUCUAGCACAUGUGUCCGAUCCAUUCUUUCCAUUCUUAAAUAAACAACAAAACAAUAUAAAACUAGGAAACCCCAAUUAUGGCAAGGAAACGUAAAAUUCCAGCAAGGAAACAUCAUGGCAUACGUGAUCCUCUGCGUCAAUUAGAAGAAAAGGAAAAGAAGCUAAAGAACAUUGUUAAUGCGCCGCCCAGCAGGGAUAAUGAUCAACCACUAUCGUUUAAAAUGAAACAAUUGAAGAAACUGACGGAAGAGGCAAAAUCGGGUAAGAAAAUCAAGCGUAUACACAGUGGCGUGGAAGACAAACCGAAAGAAGCCAAGACCAAUCGCAAGAAUAACAAAACUGAUGAAGGCAAUAAGUUCAAAACCAUCAAACAAAUGCCCGGCGAAGACGAUGUUGAUUAUUUGAAACGCGUUAAUCGCAUUACAUCUGCCAGUUUGAAAGAAGCCCAAUACGAGGCUAAAUAUGGUGUAAAAGUAGUGCGUGAUCCAAAAACUGGAGCGAUCUCAAUAAAAAAGAAACCCCCAAAUGAAAUUGAUGAAUUGCUAAAGCAAAAACGAAAAGGCGGAAAAGCUAACAAAAAGAAAAACGAAAAGGACGUCAAACCCAUUGAUCCCAAACUGGCUAAGCAAUUAAUUAAGCAAGCCAUCCAAGAGGAUGAAGAGGAACGCAAACAGGAAACAUCGAAAGAAACUGUAGAGUACCAAAGAGACGUUUUUAAAUUUGGCGAAAUCGUACAUGCACCACCAACAGCCCUAACAUUGCCCAGAAAAGCAGAGAAAAAUGAAACAGUACCAAGGCCCGGAAAGAAAAAUAACUUAUUACUUAAAUCUUUGCUUGAUGAAGAAAGCUCAACAUCAAAUAGCAAACCUAGCGGCAGCAGUACUAAGACAACAAAAUCUCCUGGCCGCGUCACUAAAGAACAAAUGAGAGGAAAACGAAAAGAUUUACCCGAACACACCAGAAAUAUGUUGGAAAAAGAACGUCAAAAGCUUGUUGAACUUUAUCGAAAUCUUAAGAAAUCAAAGGGUAUCAUGUCUGACAAAAGUUAGUUUUCGUUUGAGAUUGUUUUGUUUUAAAUGUAUUUUGUAAAUUAGCACUAAGAAUUAGGAAAAUAAAUUUCUUGAUAUCAAUGUAA